AGCAAGCAUCCCUGGUUCUGAGACGCUGCGAACUCCAUCAGUGGCAUAGGGGGAGAGGACGCGCCGCGGAUGUGGGUAGCUGUGACGAAUGCUGCGGCCACUAUAGUGCGCCCGUGAUUCAGAUGCGAGGAACCCGUUCCAGGUGCCACUGUAGUCCUAGAGAUCAGGGCUAAAAGUGACACUGGACAUACCAAUGGGUUGCGGAGGAAGUAGGGCUGAUACAAUUGAACCUCGGUACUAUGAGAGUUGGACAAGGGAGACUGAGUCGACAUGGCUCACGAACACGGACACGGAGCUCGCCCAGGCCAGCGCCAGUAGUAACAACAACAAUCAACGAGGAAUAUCUGACAGCAGCAGCACACCAGCGAAGCAGUGUGCAAGAACUUGCCAAGGAGCCUCAGGUAAAGGAGAGGAUAGACGUCCAUCUGCGCUGGGAUCCAGCCGGGAGAAGAAGCUGGUGAGCACUGCUACACAGUGCGGGAAGCCUCCUCUGCACUCCAGCAACAGCAGCUGCGGAAGCAAAGGCAAGCCUCUUCAGAGAGACGAGAAUAAAGUGAGACCGAGGAAGUUGUCCUGCAAGGAUGCUGGGGCAUCAAAGAGUUCCUGCCCAGAGGGCAGCCCAUCUGAUGGCAAGUAGGAGCAACCAGCUCCUCUCGUGAUGGAGGCAGUUGACGGACAGUCAUAUCUCCUUCCAUUAUCCACCCACGUGCAAUUGUGCCACCAGAUACAUGCUGUAUGGUUCAGGACAUUGGGGUGUUUGCUGCACUUAGAGAAUGGAAUGGUUGUGUUCUGCCACAGACAAGGUAAAUAUCUGACCUGCUUUCAUGUACCUCUUUCAGAAUCAAAGAUUAUAAAGAGACACCAAGACAUGGAAAUCCGAUCAGCUGCUUGAAAUUGCCAGUAGGCCUACCUGUGCAUAACCUGCGUUACAUACACGUGCGUGCGUGCGUGCGUGCGUGCGUGCGUGCGUGCGUGCGUGCGCGUGUCUGGCGCAUUUAGAAGAAAAUGCCAACUGUAAAAUGCUGCAGAGAGAGAGAGAGAGGUGUUAAAAGAUGCUCAGGCUGAGAGGAGCCUUUUCUUUGGCGACACACGUGUGCACAGUGGCACAAUGUUUUUUCAAACCAUUUCACGCUCAGCCUUACCCACUACUUGAACUUGACUGAAUUCACGGAUAAUAUUGAUAUUACAGGGGUUGGACAAAAUAACAGAAACACCUGUCAUUUUAGAGUGGGAAGCUACUGGACCUCUUGUGUCCACAGUUAAUCCUGCUGGAUGUGGUUCAUCCUUCUUAGUGGUAUGCAGAUCUUACCUUGGAUACAUCACAAAGACUUUCUGUCUAGGUCAAAGAUGCAACAUUUACACGCGCACCAAGAAUUUCUCCUUUCUGGACUUUGAUACGUCACCCAUAAUGUUGUGUGCAUUGCAACAUUUUGAGCAAAACUAUGCUCCCACCCUGCUAACUGAAUACUCACACUUCACCUUUCUGGUGCAAUGUGCAAUUAAUGAAAAUUGGCCAACAGGCUGGUCCACUUGAACCAUGAAAUUUCUCACACUAAAAUGA